CCGCAGCCACCGGCGGAGCCACGUUGAUCGGCGCAGCCCGGCCGCGGCGCCGCCAGCUCCCGGCGGGGUGAGCGCCCCUCAGCAGCGGGCCCCGCUGAGGCAGCUCUCUGUGAGCGCGUUAUGUGAAGUACGUACGACCAGCCACGACACCAGGCAAAAUCAAGGUUCCUGCAAUUACAGGUAAUUUGCGACACGCCUACAGAUGUUAAGAGAGCUGCGGGAAGGUCAGAGGAUUGAAACAAGACCAUGGAUUGGGGAGCUCUGCAUACCAUUUUGGGAGGUGUAAAUAAGCACUCCACCAGUAUUGGGAAGAUAUGGCUCACAGUCCUCUUCAUCUUCCGUAUCAUGAUCCUGGUUGUGGCUGCAGAGAGAGUCUGGGGAGAUGAACAAGAUGAUUUUGUCUGCAACACGCUUCAGCCUGGCUGCAGAAAUGUUUGCUAUGACCAUUUUUUCCCCAUCUCUCACAUCAGACUCUGGGCCCUGCAGCUGAUCUUUGUCUCCACACCUGCGCUGCUGGUGGCCAUGCAUGUGGCUUACAGGAGGCAUGAGAAGAAAAGGCAGUUCAGAAAAGGAGACCAGAAAUGUGAAUUCAAGGACAUUGAAGAAAUUCGGAAACAGAGGUUUCGUAUUGAGGGCUCCUUGUGGUGGACGUACACCAGCAGCAUCUUUUUCAGACUGGUCUUUGAAGCAGUCUUCAUGUACGCGUUUUAUUUCAUGUACGAUGGGUUCCGAAUGCCUCGCUUAAUGAAGUGUAAUGCCUGGCCCUGCCCCAACACUGUAGACUGCUUUGUUUCCCGACCUACUGAAAAGACGGUGUUCACUAUUUUCAUGAUUGCUGUGUCCAGCAUUUGCAUUCUUUUAAAUGUGGCUGAAUUGUGUUACUUACUGGCAAAGUUUUUCCUCAGAAGGUCUAAAAACGCUGGAAAUUCAAAACAGCAACCCAACCAUGAGAAUAAGGAAGAAACCAAACAAAAUGAAAUGAACGAGUUAAUAUCUGAUAGCUGCCAGAACACAGUUAUAGGGUUUACAAGUAGCUAAGGUGGUGCCAGUGCUGAUGUUCACUCUUUUUGGAGUGAAAGUUUUAUUUAAAGGCUGCAAAUGAAAUUUGUUGUAUGAAACAAAGCUGGGUGAGGUUUUGAUGCAUAGUGUCAGAUGUCAAGUAGGUACACGUCUGGGAAAAGUCAGGGCAGCCUAAACAUGUGAAAAUUGCGUGAGGAUUAAAUAGGAAGAUACACUUUCCUAUGAGUACCCUUACAAGCUGACUAUGACAAGUGGGAAGCCCACUGCUAUCUUCAUGCUGACACAGCUCCUGAAAACUAAAUGCAACAGCAAUAAGAACAAAACUCUUUCCAAGCUAGGUAUUCUAGUAUUACAAGAUGUUUUGUAAUAGUGAUAGUUUUUACUUGUGAACUGAUGAUUUAAAUAUUUUUCUAAAAUCUAAGAUUCCAUGUUACUUAAGGUGUUAUAGUACACAACUGACUGUGUUUUAUUUCUUAACCAGGCAUAUGCAGAUGAACCCUGUAAUACCAUAUUCAUAGGGAGGAGAGAGCAAUAGGCUACAUACAUCUUCACAGUUUUGCAAGUGCUGCUUGAGUCUGGGCAGGUAGCUUGAGAUGCUUGCAUACACGCUGCUGGCUGUAGGGGAAUUGUAUGAAAGCCCACCAGUGUGGACAAUUGAGGUACCUAGAUUCUGAGUGCAAACUCCUGCCUAAAAACAGCACAAGAAUAUAGAUACAGCCUAUGUAGACUUGUUUAAACAGCUAGCAGACCUGGUAAUCUCAUUGAUCUCUUAAUUGCUUACUGUCAGUUUUAUAGCAACUUAAAUAAGUUUAUGUAGAUGUUUAUUUCUCUAAUGUAUUAGCUGUUUCUUUAUACUGUAUCACAUCAUGGAACUUUUUUGAUUUGUUUGCUUUUUUUGUAGUAGACUGAUGGUGCUGUUAUGAGACUAGAGUCUGUCUGGUUUCAUGGACAUGGAAAAGUAUUCCUGGAAAUGGAGCAAGUCUUCUGAAUAAAAGGCAAACACUUUAACCUUU